CCCACCCCCCGCCCCGGCUCCUCAACACAAACUUUCCGUCCCGCUCGCUCCCUCCUCCGCGCCCGGCGCCUCCCGCUCCGGCCCGGCUCAUUCCGCACAUUCCGGCCAGCCCCCUCCCCAAGACCCCCCUUCCCCGGCCCCCCUCUCAGCUUUUUCGGGCCCGGCGGAGCGGCCCGGCCGGAGCGCCCCCCCGAGCUCGGACCAGGCUCCGGCUGCCCAGUGGGCUCAGGCCCAGAGCCCAGAGCAACCAGCACAAUAGCGUCCAACAGCUGGAAUGCCAGCAGCAGCCCCGGGGAGGCCCGGGAGGAUGGGCCCGAGGGCCUGGACAAGGGGCUGGACAACGACGCGGAGGGUGUGUGGAGCCCCGACAUCGAGCAGAGCUUCCAGGAGGCCCUGGCCAUCUACCCGCCCUGCGGCCGCCGCAAGAUCAUCCUGUCAGACGAGGGCAAGAUGUACGGUCGAAAUGAGUUGAUUGCGCGCUACAUCAAACUGAGGACGGGGAAGACGCGGACGAGAAAACAGGUCUCUAGCCACUUGCAGGUUCUAGCCAGGCGGAAAUCUCGAGAGAUUCAGUCCAAGCUGAAGGCCAUGAACCUGGACCAGGUCUCCAAGGACAAAGCCCUCCAGAGCAUGGCAUCCAUGUCAUCCGCCCAGAUUGUCUCCGCCAGCGUCCUACAGAACAAGUUCAGCCCACCCUCCCCUCUGCCCCAGGCCGUCUUCUCCACUUCCUCACGGUUCUGGAGCAGCCCCCCUCUCCUGGGACAGCAGCCUGGACCCUCUCAGGACAUCAAGCCCUUUGCACAACCAGCCUACCCCAUCCAGCCGCCCCUGCCGCCAACGCUCAGCAGUUACGAGCCCCUGACCCCGCUCCCCCCAGCUGCUGCCUCUGUGCCCGUGUGGCAGGACCGCACCAUCGCUUCCUCCCGGCUGCGGCUCCUCGAGUAUUCUGCCUUCAUGGAGGUGCAGCGAGACCCCGACACGUACAGCAAACACCUAUUUGUGCACAUCGGCCAGACGAACCCUGCCUUUUCGGACCCGCCUCUGGAGGCCGUCGACGUGCGUCAGAUCUAUGACAAGUUCCCAGAGAAAAAAGGGGGACUGAAGGAACUCUAUGAGAAGGGGCCCCCUAAUGCCUUCUUCCUUGUCAAGUUCUGGGCCGACCUCAACAGCACCAUCCAGGAGGGCCCAGGAGCCUUCUACGGGGUCAGCUCCCAGUAUAGCUCGGCCGAUAGCAUGACCAUCAGCGUCUCCACCAAGGUGUGCUCCUUUGGCAAGCAAGUGGUGGAGAAGGUGGAGACGGAGUAUGCCAGGCUGGAGAAUGGGCGCUUCGUGUACCGCAUCCACCGCUCCCCCAUGUGCGAGUACAUGAUCAAUUUCAUCCACAAGCUGAAGCACCUGCCGGAGAAGUACAUGAUGAACAGCGUCCUGGAGAACUUCACCAUCCUGCAGGUGGUCACGAGCCGGGACUCCCAGGAGACCCUGCUUGUCAUUGCUUUCGUCUUCGAAGUCUCCACCAGCGAGCACGGGGCCCAGCACCAUGUCUACAAACUCGUCAAAGACUAGGCUACCCUCUGCCCCCACCACCAGGAUCCAGGACGAGCGUCUGUUCCACACACCUGCCUGGCCCCCCCUGGAAGUCUGGGAUUGAGGACUCACCCGCCUGCCAGGCCUCAGGCCCAGGACCCAGGAGGCCUCCCCACCUACCCCCAGCACACACACUCCCUGCCACUGUUCUGCGCUUUAAUUGUGGGAGAAGAGAGGAGGGCUCAGUGGUGGGGCAGCCCGCCCUAGAUGCUGAACCAUCGCCCAGCUCUGCCCAGCCUCCGGUGAAUGGGAGGACCCCUUUGGGCUCAGGCACGUGUGGCUGGCAGGGGAGGGUGGAACGGAGACCGAGGGAGUCAGAGUGCAGAGGCCCCAGGAAGGAGAGUGUCGAGUUGGGAGUUAGGUUGAGAAGAGAGAGGGGCCCACACUUUCUUGCACCUGCUAUGUGCCGGGCCCGGUGCUAGGUCCUAUGGGUACCCAGUGCCUUUCUCAGACUGCGUGAAGCGAGCACGGGUCGUGGGUCUUGGCAUCUCAUGAUGUGCUGAGACUUGAAGUUGAGCGACCCUUGCAGGGUGGGGCAGAGUUGGAAUUCUCAUCCAGGGCUGCCUGUCCCCAGAGCCCAGGUUUACACUACCUCCCUGGAGGGGAUGGGAAAGAGGGUCUGUACUAGGGGCUGGGGCCAUCCACAUUGGGAGCCUCCUCCCAGGGGAGCAGCUGCUUCUGACCAGGCAGGAAGAGAGGAGCAGCAGGUACUUGGCACCUGUUAGGUGCCCUCUGUCAGCCCCUGUGCUGACCUCCUCCAACCUGCCCUGGCCCAGAUCCAGUGCCUGAGCCCCGUCAGCAGCUUCCUGAUGGGAGAAGGCCCCCAGGGGCAGACUCCAAAAUAGCUUGGAGCGUCCUGUAGAAAGAUGGAGCCCCAGCAUCAGGGCAGACCAGUGUUCCAGGGACAAGGGGUAGCAGAAAGGCUUUGCUAUUUUUUAAUGCCCAAGACUUGGGUUUGGUCAACCCUUGGUGGGCGCCACUCCCUUAUGUUUUUCUCCAUCUCAGUCUCCCAGGACUGGGACAGCAGCUUCCCAGAAUCAGUUCUGGGACUGAAGGUUAACCCUUCCCCUGCUGGCCCUUCCCAACACCCAGGCCCCCCUGCCAGCUUGGCCUGUCUACCAGCCGCCUCUGGGCAUUCACGAGUUUCAUAUGAAGUACUGUGCCCCUUCCUUUCCUUACACCACCCGCCCCUGAGCUUCCUGAAGGUCCUCACAAUUUGCAUAUCGCUCAGGCCACUUCCAAACCCAACCUAGGUUUUAUAAUGUAUAUUAUAUUUUUUGUGUAUUUUUUAAAUCCAGCUGUGAUGGGUUAUAUCAUAAACGUGGCGUGGGGCUGGGGUAGGGGCCCUCAAGGCCCAGCUCCUGCUCAAAAAAAAAAAAAAAAAAAAAUUAAAGUUAUUUGUUUGUGGGUUA